AUGGCCCCGAGGAAGAAGAUAAAGCCUUCCGAGCUGGUUCUGCCUUGUGAGUGGAGCGAUUGCACGUUUGUAGGGAGGUGCAUGGAGGAAUUUUGUAGUCACGUUGCCAGACACUUGAGAGAGCACCUCAGUGACUCACAGGGAAAAUUAGAAAAGUAUCAGUGUCUUUGGAGGAGUUGUGAAUUUUGUGCCAUUGGUCCCAAUGAAUUGAUGAUUCAUGUGAAUUUCCAUAGUUACCACACUAAACUGAAAUACUUAGGCUCUCAAAUAAGAGCAUCCCACCAAGAUUUGCCAGAAUGUUCACAAAGUAAUCACAGCCAAAAUUUGGUACCAGAGAUUACAGACUCUUUUGUUUGCUGUUGGGAGCAGUGUGAUAUGACCAUCAAUAACCCAGAAUGGUUUUAUCAACAUGUUACCAUGCAUGCUUACUGUGCUGAAAAAGAAAGUCUCUUAAGCAAUAAAAAAGCCAUCUUCUGUCGCUGGAAAGAUUGCGAUGGCACAUGUAAGAGUCGGCACAAAUUAAGAGAGCACUUACGAACACAUACUCAAGAAAAAGUAGUGGCCUGUCCCUCUUGUGGAGGGAUGUUCUCCAACAAUACCAAGUUUUUUGAUCAUGCCAAACGACAGAUUUCAGAGGAUAAACAAAUAUUUACAUGUCAGUAUUGUAGCAAGCAUUUUGCAAGUGAGAGACUUCUGCGGGAUCAUGUUAGAAUACAUGUCAGCCAUCUUAACUGUCCACUUUGUGAUAUGGUAUGUACAAACUUUUCAUCUUUGAAAACACAUAUCAGAUUUCGACACUGUGAUGAACGCCCUUUCCUUUGUGAUUUCUGUGAUAGCAGCUUCAAGAAUGCAUAUGAUCUACGUAAACACAUUGAAACACACAAUGAUUCAUCUGCCUACUGUUGUGAUGUGAGUGGGUGUGAUUUCACUGCUCGUACCUUACAGACAUUUAGGCAGCAUUACAAAAGAGUGCAUGAAAAUAAUGGUACCAUAAAGUACAAAUGCCAUAUCUGUCAGAAGUGUUUUUCCUGGUGCUACACUUUGACUUUACACCUCCGGAAAAUGCAUCAACUCAGUUGCCGUUCUCGCUUCAGGUACAAAGAAGAUGAAGAUGGUUACUGGACUUUGAAUAUAGAUAAUUUUAAAACUGCUAUGGAGUUAAAUAUUGAUUUUAUUUGCAAGAAGCCUCCCCCAAAAAUUUCUGGAAGCCAAAAUUGUACUAGAAAUAAUAGCAAUGCUUCCUCCAAAGGAUUUUCCACAGGAUUGCAUGCUUCACAGUUUCAGCCACUGUCGGGAUCUCCAGUAGAAAAAUCUAUGUCAGAAGUGGAUACUUCUUUAAAAGAAUCUGUAUAUUAUGAACUUCAGAGUGUUCCACUCUCAUUUGAAAAUCCUCCAAAUGAAUUUAAUGAAACUGUGGCACUAAAUGCAAUGGUAAAAUGA